AAACUAACCUAAAAUCUUUUCAUUAUAAAUAAAAAUUAUAGAUUUAUAAUUGACAUUCUCUAGAGAUUGUGAUAAUAAACUUUUCUGUAUGUCUUCAAUUUUGUGAAAAAGAAAAGAAGUUAAGUUUUGUUCAAAGUACAGAUCAGUGACAUUUUAACAUUGUUUAAAAUAUCAAGUUAGUAAUGUAUCAAAAUAAUCCUAGAUUUAGACAUUGGUCACCUCAGUUUAGACCACGGGGACAGUUUUUACGACGUAAUUAUACAACAAAUCACUAUAGAUAUUCAGGGCCACAAGCACAAAAUAACUAUGAAUUCUGGUGUGAAACUUGUGACAAAGGAUUUCACACAUUACAAAUUUUAGAGAAUCAUAAAUUACAACAUCAAAAAUGUAACAUAGAUGGUUGUCAAUUUGUGGCCCAUCCUAAAAUCAUAACAAAGCACAUCCAAAUGCAACACUCUACAGGGUUAUAUAAAAAAAUUGCAAAGUUAAACAAUCCAGAGGAAAUCCGAAAAUGGAGAGAAGAAAGGAAACUAAAGUAUCCAACAAAGAAAAACAUAGAAAAGAAAGCAGCAGAAGUAAAAGAAAAGGUAGAAAGAGGUGAAAAAAUGGGAAUGAAUAAUCAGAAGUUCAAUAAACACAUCAGACCAGAAUUACAUUCAAGAAAACAACAUAACUUCAGUAGGGAUAAAUUUCAAGGCAGACAUAAAAACUACAAGUUUAAAAGUGAAAGUCCCUCAAUCCACAAGAAACCUCAGAAAAAGGUUUGUAAGGUAAUACCUCAACCAAAUGUUACACAAACACUUAAUCCUUUUGCUGGAAUACAAAACAUUAUUAUUGAUGACAAUCAAGAUGAAGAAAUUGAUGAAUCACUUCAAAAUUCUUUAAUUGAAGAUGAUGAUAUUUACCCUGAAGAGGGAACAAAUAAUGUGAAUGAUAAAUUACAAAUAGAACCUACUGUAUGUGGAGCUUUAUCAAGUCUAAUGAAUGAAUAUGGGUCUUCAGAUGAAGGUACUGUUGUAAAUAACACCAGCAAUAGUUCUUCAAAGCAGGCCCAGUUGACUAAGAAAGAAAUAAAAAAACAAACUGUAGACAAGAAACUCCCUAUGGCUGUAGAUGUAAAUAAAAGUGAUGAUGACAGUGGACCUGAGGAAGCAAUUAUUACUAAAUCCACAACUGAUGUUGAGCAAAAUGGUGGCAAAAAUUUGAGACCGAAAUUUGAAAAAAGGCCCAGAAGUCCACCAAUUGCGAGAAAUUUUAAAAAACCAAAAUAUCAGCUGCCUUCCACUUUGCUUGUUAAACUGUUAAGUAGAGAAAUAGAACAAGAACGCAACAUAAUACUUCAAUGUGUGCGACAUAUUGUAAAAAAUAAGUAUUUUGACGAUACCUCUACCAAAGAUUGAAUUGUAAAUUUAUUUGUAAUUUUUGUAAAACAACUUAGAUCUGGUCACAAUCAAAAUGUUGACACUAA